AAUGGGAAACUCGGUCUCCUCUUUCACAUCACCCUCGCUCGCUGAUGGACUUGUCUCCCGCGCCNNCGGGCCUGGCGCUGCAGGCCCAUUUUCUUCGGCUUUCGACGUCGGCGCCUCGGAUGCCAACUCUCUAGGCUUCGAAGCAACCAUGACAUACUUUGGCAACACGAUCCAGGCCAUAUAUACGGACACCGCCAGUAUUGUCAGCACCGUGACUUGUACCUCACAGGUCAGGUCAUAUGCGUUACUUCCUGGUACCAAUUCGGAUGGUGUUACAUCCACCAACUCUGACACUGCAUAUGGCAGUAUCUUGUGUCCGAUUCCAAACACUCAGAUAGGUGCCGGAGCCGUGACUCUGUCCAUCGAUGGUGGCAUCAAUGACCCAGCUACAUCAGCUAUAUAUGUCGGUCGCACAACAGCUACUGAGACCGGAGAUGCGACUACUACCACAAUUCUCGUGCCAGGUCCAACAACCUACCUAGCGACUGAGACGUCGACUACCUUUGGAAAGACUAUAACCGUACAAGCCACCAUAACUCUGUCCGGCCAGCCUGUGCUCAAAGCCAUUGCUACCCUCUUCACCAACGACGCUGUUGACCUCCACGAGACUCUCCUCCUCAAGCGGGGUCGUGUCAUCAUCUUCUCGUUCAUCAAGUUCGAAGCUGGAUUCACUGUCGAUAUCCAGCCGUUCAACAUCAACACCGAAUUCGGCAUCAAAGUCAUCGUCCAAAUCAACAAGCCAUACGACUCGACAAGGUCUAUCAGUACUAAAAGCUCGUCAAAGCUGUCAAGCUCGAAGAUGGUCACAAAGACAACCAGCAACAGAUCUGCAAGCUCGAGCAAAUCAUCCUCAGCCCUAUCGAAGAGCAAGGCCAGCAGCACACAGUCAAAGUCUAGCAGCUUCAUAGAAUCAACAAGCUCCCGGAUCACAUCCAAACACACAUCCUCAAAGAUCACGUUGGAGACCACAAGUUCCAAGGUUUCGUCUAAAGCGACUUCGUCUAGCAAGAGAAUCUCAUUACCCGUCUGCAGCACAGGCGCCGCCAUGAAGUCGCUAUCUAGCUAUCCCGCUGUUGCAAGUCAUCUUUGUCAAGAGAUCUUGGGCUCGAAACAAACUUUCCCAAGCUCCAUCUCAGUCUGGCCAGCGUCCCAGCUGUCCAGUGCCUGCUCAUGCUAUGGGAAAGCGACUGGGCCGUCACCCGGAAAGCUAGUAUCUCGUGGAGUAACCACUGACUCAGCAGCCAAUUCCACGGUUGCAGCCACCGCAGAUACGAGUUCGACCAUCAUAUCUUCCGGUGCUUCGAGUACAGAAACUCCAUCGACUGGAUCAUCCACACCCCUCUCAGAGAGUGAUCCGCUAUCUGCUAUUCACUUGUCUUUGUAUGGAUCACAAACGACUGAUUCAAGGGACGACGAUGUUGGGUUAUGGACCACCAACUAUCUACUCCGUGCCUACGACCACGUCACUGCAAACUCAACAUUCACAAUUGACCAACGCAUGUUGCCUACAACAUGCAUCCCCAACUCAGGUUCUACCGCAGUAAGCAUCGUAGCGCGAUCUUCGACCUGCAAAACCCUCGAACUCCACACUGCACUCUUGUGGGUGAUGAUGAAGAACCCUUUCGACUUCUGCGCCUACUACUUGACAGCGAACCGCAACCAAUCGCCCUUGCCAGAGAUGAGCGCCAGCACCCUCAAGGACACCUGCAAUUGUCUUGUAUCUCACAAGAGUGCACCACUGCCUGUGUUCAAAGUCGGGUCUUCGUACUCACCGAAGCCCAAAAAACAGUGCAAUCAGUCGAUUGCGUCGUUGAUCAGGGCAAAAUUCAAGGAGCCGCAGGCUUUCUGCAAGUACUAUACUAGUACGUCAAGGAGCAUUUCGCCAUUCUCAAUGCUCAAGCCCGGAGAUGUGUUUGCAGGAUGCAGUUGCCUCAGU